CCGUUGAAAUCCGCACUUGGUGUGACCGCACCCGGAAACGUGAAGUGAGCGCCAUCGGUUGCGUUUUUUCGCGAAAUAUUUUUAGGAAAUAAAACAAACGGAGCAACAUGGGUGACAAGCUGCUGGACUCGACGCAGAUCAUCAAUGGCCUGGCUGUGAUGCUGUCCUUCUUCGUGGGCUACCGUUACGCCCUAAAGCGCGGCGACGCCAAGGAUUCGUCCGCUGACGAAGGAGCGGCGGCCUCUUCUUUGGCCGGAUCCUCGUUGUCCAGUGCUUCCGAGGCUCCAGUUUCGGAUAAGGGCUACGGAGGCUUCAAUGAAAACUUCAAGAUGGUUCUGGUGGUACGCAACGACCUCAAGAUGGGCAAGGGAAAGAUCGCCGCCCAAUGCGGUCACGGAGCUGUGGGCGCUUACCAACGGGCGGUGGCCAGGACGCCCCGCUUGCUGAGGGCGUGGGAAAACUGUGGAUGCGCCAAAAUCGCCGUGCGCGUGGAGAGCGAGGCGGAGCUAAUGGCCAUCAAGAAAGCCGCCGAGCGCCAGCAGCUGAACACCUGCCUCAUCCGCGACGCGGGUCGCACCCAGAUCGAGGCGAACUCCAAGACUGUGCUGGCCGUGGGUCCAGCGGCUGCCGUGGACAUCGACCGGGUCACCGGCCACCUGAAGCUGCUGUAAGAUCCGCACUGCGGAACUCUUGCAGGCCAUGAGGCAUCACUUACUCACUCGAGUGCAACCCGACAAUUCUCAAAGCAAUAGGGCGCAUGGGUGGAGCGGUGGAUGAGGCUGGAGGUGGCGUCAUGCCGCCGAGGAGGAGGCGAAUGGGAGACGACGACUGUGACACGCAAGUUAAGCUAAGAUUUACGUUAUCACGUUAACUGUGAACCGAGCUAUUACACAUUAAAUGAUUGGCAGUCCGGCCUGGAACUGCAAAGCUCCUAA